AUGGCGGAGGAGGAGCGGGUGAAGCUGUUCGUGGGUCAGGUUCCGAAGCACAUGACGGAAUCGCAGCUGCUCGCGGUCUUCGAGGAGCAUGCGCGGGUGGACGAGGCAUCUAAUCUGUUGCAAGUGAAGUAUGCCGAUGGCGAGUUGGAAAGGCUAGAGCACAAACUCUUUGUCGGCAUGCUUCCUAAAAAUGUCUCUGAGGCUGAAGUCUCUGCUGUAUUUUCGGAGUAUGGAACCAUUAAAGAUUUGCAACUUCUUAGAGGUUACCAGCAAACCAGUAAAGGCUGUGCUUUUCUGAAAUUUGAGACAAAGGAGCAAGCUGUUGCAGCCAUUGAUCACCUCAAUGGGACGCAUAAGAUGGAGGGUUCAACUGUACCUUUGGUUGUCAAGUGGGCCGAUACUGAAAAGGAAAGACAGGCAAGAAGGGCCCAAAAAGCACUAUCCCUAGCGACUAAUGUGGCAAAUUCUGACCCGCAUGCAUCUUUGUUUGGUGCCUUACCAUUGGGUUAUAUGCCUCCAUAUAAUGGUUACGGUUAUCAGAACCCUGGGGCGUAUGGACUCAUGCAUUAUCGCCUACCACCAUUGCAGAACCAAAAUGCAUUUAACAAUCUUGUUCCAUCUCUAAACCAAGGAAAUGCUUUACGUGGUCUUUCAUCUGGAAUGGCCUCAAGAAGUUUUCCGAUGUCUGGAUAUCCAGCUAUACCAGCUGGGCUCCGAUUUCCAAUGAAUUAUCCUGGAAGAAUCAUGGGAAACCGGCCAUUUGGAAGUUCACCCGGUCCUUUAUCACCAUCUACUGCAAAUAGCCAAUCUGCAGCAUCUUCAAGUGUCAAUACAAGUUCUGGGGGCCAGAUUGAAGCAGGUCCACCUGGAGCUAAUUUGUUUAUCUACCACAUUCCUCAAGAAUUUGGUGAUGACGAGCUCGCAAAUGCAUUUCAGCGGUUUGGAAGGGUUUUGAGUGCCAAGGUUUUCAUCGACAAAAUAACUGGCAUUAGCAAAUGUUUCGGGUUCGUCAGUUAUGAUUCACCUUUGGCGGCACAAAACGCGAUAAACGUGAUGAAUGGCUUUCAAAUAGGUGGUAAAAAAUUGAAGGUUCAGCUUAAAAGAGAUAAUAAAAAACAGAACAGACCUUAUCAACUUUAA